AUGAAGGUAUUAUUAAUUUUAGGUUUUUUAAUGUUAUCAAUAUUUUUUGUAUCAUCAUAUGAACUAUGUGGACCAAGAAGUUGCAUGAAUGGAUAUUUUUGUGCUUCUGAUUAUUCAGCUUCAAUUUGCAGACCAGAAGCCCAAGCCUACACAAUCAUACAAGUCAAUAUAACUAAUGAAGGUGCUUGGCCAGAUUCUGCACAAUUUAAAGGAACAAUAAGAAAUAUAUGUGGGGUUCGUAUUAGAAAAAUUGUUUUAUCUGUUUCCAAUAAAGAUUUUCCAAUAUUAAAAACAUCAGCAAUUUGGAAUGCUCGUUAUUCUAAAGAGUUUGAAGAGAUUUCCUUACCUGAUUAUGCUGACGGAAUACCACCAAAUGAUGAAUUGUAUCAAUUUGGGUUCAUUUUAAAAAAUAGUAAUACUCCAAAGAUUAAAAUUAAGAGUAUCAGAUUUUAA